CAUCCAUCACUUGAACCAACAGAUUCCAAACAAAAGAUCCCUCUAAAAUCUUCUCCACGAAAUCAAAUCAAGACAUGGCUUUUUUUAUUAUUAUCAUAACUCAAAACAAUAACACGCUAGUCAAACAUUGAUACCCAUUAGGAAACUAUAGAUAGCUUUCUUGGGUCAGGAUGAGAUCCAAGGUGAUUGAUUUCAAUGGAUUCCUUCACUAGCAAGACAAAGCUAGCAAUAAAAUGUCUGUAGGAAAUCCUACCACCAUCUGAAUGAAAAAUGCAAGAGAUUUAGUCCAAAACAACAAUCAACAACUCAAUCAACAACUCAAUCCACCGACCACCAUCAAUAUCACUUACACCCACCAGGGGAAGGGUCGGAGCAGAGGAACCAGGAGGUGGGCGGCGGGUGUGGACCGUCGGCGUUGGCGGGAUGUGAGACUACGCGCAGAGCAGAGGAGAAGGAGGAGGGCAGCGGGACUGAAGGGCGGCAGGACUGGAGUCGGCGGGAGGCGGCGAUGUGGAGGCGCGGAGCAGAGUAGCAGGGGGAGGGCGGCGCGGUAUGGAUUCGAACGUCGGCCGUCGGCGGGGAGGUGGGGACUUGGAGGCUCAGAGCAGAGGAGUAGCAGGGGGAGGGCGGCCGGCGACUGAAAUGGAGACGGGAUCCAGAUUCGGCGGCGACGGGAAUGGAGACGGGAGGAGGACACAGGUUUGGCGGCGAGAAUUGAUUUCAGAGAGGGAGAGGUUUGGUGGCGGCGUGCUGCUCUCUGCUGGGAGGUUUGGUGGCGGCCAAAAUUUGGGGUUGGAGGAGGACAGGAGGUCGACUGACUCAAUGACAAAAUUUGGGGUUUGGUGGCGGCCACAUUAGAGAUAUUAGGGUUUUACCUAUAUCCGGGUAUCCACGGGUCGGGUUCCCCCAAACCCGAACCCGACCCAACCCGCCCAGCCAGCCACCGGGUUUUAACCCGAACCCGACCCGAACCCAGUCAACACAGAUUUUACCCAGUUUGACCGGGUCGGGUCGGGCGGGUACCCGCGGGUCCGGGUUUUAUUGCCAUCCCUACUAGUGCUGUCAAUUUGGUUUGGUCGUUUGGUUUGGUUAACUAAACCAUUAUUCAUUAAGUAUGCAAAAUCAAAAAUCAAAUCCCAAAAAUCAAAAUCUAAACCAUUAAGGCUCUUAUUGGAUUUCGGUUGCCAAAAACCAAUAAGCGCUUUAAUGGUUUUGGUUUUGGUUUGGAUAACCAAAAAACCAACAUGUACUCAUACACUCAUAUUUAUUUUCAUUUCCCUCCUUUUUAUUGAAUUAACGUCAUAAUAAUGGUAAAUCGUCAUUACAAAUUACUGGUUGGCAUGCAUGUCAAAAGAAGAAAAAAAUUGUUGAUAAAUAAUUUUAUUCUUAUUGGUUUCUUAAUGGUUUCUAUUGGUUUUCGGUUUUAACCAAACCAGAACCAUUAAGUUUGCUUAUUGGUUUAAACCAAAAAACUGAAACCAUUAGCUUCCCAAUUGGUUUGGUUUCGGUUAAAACCAAAAAACGAAAACCAAAUGGACAGCCCUACCCACCAUCACCCUUCUCUCUCCGGUUUAUGGUGGCUCGUGUGAACGCGUACACUGUACACCAAUUAAUUAAUCAAUUAAUUAUUAAUAACGGCAUGUGAAUGAUUAAUCUGCGUUUUGAAAUCAGCUCACCUGUAAAUAAUACAAAUUAUCGUGGGUGGGUGAUAGGUGUUAGUGGAUUAUCGUGGAUAAAAAAAAUUUGUAUUCGCUUUAGUGUGUUUACAAAAUCGAACCCUACAUGCACUUCGGUCAGAAAAACUGCCCUAUAAAUCCAAAACUGAUAGGCAUUUUUAGUGCUACGAAAUGGUCAAAUUACGAUUAAACAAUAGUUUCUUAUCAAAAUACUCUAGCACUGACUUUUCUAGGAUAAACUCUGGUACGCAAUCUUUUCCGGGACUUUCACAUGUCAAAGAGUUAUUUCAUAUUUAUACUAUCAAAUACUCAUCAUAUUUCCUAAUUGUGUAAUGUCCAUUCGCUAUUGAAAUGAAAAUUAUAGAAGUUUAAUUGUAUCAAAGUCAUAAGGAGUGAAUUACCGAAAAAGAAAAAAAAUCAUAAAGAGUGUCAAUUUUUAAUUGUCUUUUUUCUAACAGGUUCCUAUUGUACAUGGGCGCUGGGCCGUGCUUGGGCCGGCAUGGCACGCUUCGGGCCCAUUUAUUUCGUGCCGUGCUUGGCACGGGUCGUCAGUUUUCGUGUUGUGCCAUGCAAUCCCAUUUGUUAACUUUGCUAGGCCCGGCCCAGGCCCGGGUACGGUUCGAAUCGUCCCGUGCCUAUUCGUGCUCGUGCCAUACUCGUAUUCGUGUUUAAUCAAAAGGGCGAAAACAAAAGAGAGAAUGAAAAAGAAGGUAAAAAUUGGAAGUAUAGCGAGUGUGAUUUGACUUUGUUUAAUUCUUUGUCCAUUUUUACUUAUGUUAGUAAUUACGUAUAUAUCUUUAUGACACUUCUAACAACAACAAAUAAUUAUUUUUCUACUUGUGUUUUGUAAUAUUUGAACCUAUAAUUCUUUUUUAUAUUUAUUUUCUAUCAAAUAAAUAUUAUUUCUAUGCCAUGUCCGUUCUUAUACUCAAUAAAGUCUUGAAAAUAUU